UGCGCAGACGUGACGGCUUCUUGAUUUAUAUGCUGCUUUGGCUGGCAGCGACAGCGACAGCGGCAGAGCAGCGAGAACGUGAGGCUGCCGUCAAUGACUAUGGUCCGGUGUUGCAUAUAAGCUCAAGCGUGUUGCAGCUGCUGCCCCCCGGUGAGCAAACGCAGCUGCUGCUGCUGCCCGUUUAUGCAGCGCAGUCGACAACGCCAGCGUCGAAUAAGAAGCCGCCGCCACGCCUCACAAUUGGCAACAAUUUGGACUUUGAAACGCACUACAUCCAUUCAAAUGGUUAAGCUGCAAUGUGAAUCAAAAGAUUUACCGAUCGCUUAGCUGGGCAUAAAUAUUGUCUCAUUUGAGCCGCAAUAAACUUCAUCUGUGCAAUA